AUGUGCCAAUAUGAUGAAGCACAGAACUUUUUUCACUAUCUCAAAGAUGAUCAUUCUGCAACAGAAGAUUUACCUUGGAUCGAACAGUCACUUGGUCACAUCCUUUCGUCGAAAUGUCAAUGGAAUGAGGCAAAAGUCUAUCUGGAUCAAUCUUAUCAUCGAAUGAUCAGCCAUGAACCACUACAAAUCAAAGAUUCGACUGUUGUUCUCCAAAGUCUUGGUCAAGUUCUAGAAAGACAGGGAAAAGUGGAAGAAUCGUAUGAGUUGCAUGAGAAAGCAUUGUUGAUUCGAAAGCAAUUCUAUUCCUUCGAUUAUCCACGCAUUGCUGAUAGUCUGGAGUGUUUCGGUCUGGUCGGCGAAAUGAAGAAAAACGAUGGUCAAGUUCUACAUGUCAUGGAACAAGCGUUGGCCAUUCGAGAAAAGUAUUAUGGACAUUUUCAUGCUGAUAUUGGUCAAAGUUUGAAUAAGAUGAACGAAUUGUUACUCGAACGAGGUGAACAUGACAAAGCCUUGUCAAAUCAAAAUCGAGCGAUGUCAAUUUAUAAGGAGUCGUAUCCAUGUGCACAUGUGACAAUUGUUGAUACACUGAUAUGUAUGAGUCGUGUUUUUCAUUAUCAAGCAAAAUACGAAAAAUGUUUAAAUUUGUUAUUAAAAACUUCAAUGACGAUCAGAAGAUUAUUCGAAGCAGGCCAUUAUAAAUUUUCCCUAAUAUUAUGCAAUAUCGGGCAUAUCCGACAUAGGCAAAGUAUAUUUAAUGAAUGCUUAGAAUUUUACUGUGAUACAUUCAUGAGAGCGGAGAAAUUUCUUUCAUCCAAACAUCUAGAUAUUACUUUGCACUUACGGAAUAUUCUAGAAAAAUUUUAUCCAUCAUACAUUCUUUUGAUUACUGAUGUGGUCUAUUGUAUAGGAAACACGCUAAGUGAACAAGGAAAACUCGAUGAUUAUUAUAUCAAUGGCAGCGUUCAAGUAAGUCCAGUUCUUAUCAGUGUUGCUGGUAUUUUGAUCAAACAGAAAAAAACUUGA